AAUCAAAAUAAAUUACAAUUCAAUAUAAUAAUUAAGUCUACAAGUUAGUUAGUCUCACUAGUCAUACCUAGUCAUACGAAAAACGGUCAACUAGAUUUGGUCAACCAACUUGACACAAGUCAUUUAUUCAUAAAAAAAUUAUCAGGUUUUAAUAUACUCUUUGUAAAAUGAGUAUACCUGUGGCAAUUGGGUCUACGUUUUUUGGAUGUAUGAGCAAUGUUGUUUUUUUGGAACUUUUAGUGAAAGAAGAUCCUGGCAUAGGAAAUUUGAUUACGUUUUCCCAAUUUUUUCUAAUAGCGUUACAUGGAUUUAUAUUCACUGCCAAAUGUGGUACCAAAAAACCAAGCAUCAGUGUCAAAGGGUACAUGAUCUUAGUGGCAAUGUUUUUUGUAACUAAUGUUUUAAACAAUUAUGCUUUUGAUUUGAAUAUUGCUAUGCCACUACAUAUGAUCUUCAGAGCGGGCUCAUUAAUAGCAAAUAUGGUUAUGGGAGUGAUUAUAUUAAAGAAAAAGUAUACACUUGAUAAGUUUAUUUCUGUGGGCAUGAUCUCAGCUGGUAUUACAAUAUGUACAAUUGUAUCAAGUCAAGAUGUUAAAAAAACUGUUGUACACGGUGUUGUGCAAAACACAUCAGAAUUGGAAGACUUCUUUUGGUGGUGCUUAGGAAUUGCAUGUUUGACUAUUGCGUUGUUCAUUUCUGCUCGCAUGGGUAUAUACCAAGAAACAUUAUAUAAAAAGCAUGGUAAGCAUCCACAAGAAGCUCUAUUUUAUACUCAUUUGAUACCACUUCCAUGGUUUCUGUUUUUAUACUCCAAUCUUAAGGAACAUGCAUUAAUGGCUUUUGAAAGUGAACCAUUGCCAUUCAUAGGAUUUGGUAUACCGAGUACUCUUGUUUAUCUUACUGGUAAUGUUUUCACACAAUAUGUUUGUAUAAGUUCAGUUUACUUUUUAACAACUGAAUGUUCGUCGUUGACAGUAACACUGGUUAUAACAUUGCGAAAGUUUGCCAGCUUAUUGUUUAGUAUAUUGUACUUCAGCAAUCCAUUCACUUUGUACCACUGGAUUGGAACUCUUUUGGUAUUUAUUGGUACAAUCAUAUUCACCGAGAUACCUCAGAAAGUACAACAAAUGACGGCGCCCAAAAAGGCAACAAAAAAGUCAAAGAAAACGAAAACGAAUUAAAAUUACCCCAUUAUUAUGAUGUUGGAUUCAUGGCUAUUAGUCUAUUACAGAAUUAUAAUAUACAUUAUACGUUGUUAAUUUUUAAUACUACUUGUUUAGAAUAAAUAAAAACUUAUUAAUUUAUUUUAUUAGACAAUAAACAGAAAUAAUUUACAAACAAAUUAAAA